GAAUUUGCUAACUUCGGGACAGAAAGGCCUUGGCACUUCUCACUUCCUCAGCGAGUCACGUCGAAAGCCAUCGCUCACCAGUGCGGCCACCGAUCGUAACCAAAAUGGCUUCCCGCGACGCCGCCGCCGACGAGGUAGCCGUCGAGCUCCUGCCGUUCAUCCGCAUAUACAAGAGCGGCCGCGUCGAGCGCCUCAUCGGCAGCGACACGGUGCCCGCCUCCCUGGACGCCGCCACGGGCGUGGCCUCCAAGGACGUCACCAUCGACCCCGCCACCAACCUCUCCGUCCGUCUGUACCUCCCAACGGCGGUCGGCGCUGGCGCCAAGCUGCCUGUCGUCGUGUACUUCCACGGCGGCGGCUUCAUGGUCGAGUCGGCGACCUCCGUCACGUACCACCACUACCUCAACACCCUCGCCGCCCGCGCCGGCGCCGUCGCGGUGUCCGUGGACUACCGCCGCGUGCCCGAGCACCGGCUCCCCGCGGCCUACAACGACUCGUUGGCGGCGCUGGCGUGGGCCGUCGCCGCGUGCGGCUCCACGCCGCGCGGGCCCGCGCACGGGGACGCUUCCCGCGUGUUCCUCUCCGGGGACAGCGCGGGCGCGAACAUCGCGCACAACGUCGCCAUGCGCGCCGCCGCCGAGGUAGGGCUCUCACCGCGCGCGGCGAUCAGGGGCGUGCUCCUGGUGCACCCGUACUUCUGGGACGCGUCCAACACCAUGGGGCCCGAGCUGGAGGAGCGCAUCCACCGCGAGUGGCGGUUCAUGACCGGGAGCCCCGACGCCCGGGUGGAUGACCCGAGGAUAUGCCCCACGGCCGCGGCGGCGCCGUCGCUCGCGCUGCUGCCCACCGAGCGGGUGCUGGUGGCCGUGGCGGGGGAGGACUUCCUGGCGCCCAAGGGGCGGGCCUACUACUCGGCGCUUCUGGCCAGCGGGUGGCGCGGCGAGGCCGAGCUGGUGGACACGCCGGGGGAGGACCACGUGUUUCACCUCCGGCAGCCGGGGACGGUGUCGGCCCUGAAGCUGAUGGAUCGCGUCGCGGCGUUCAUUGCUCGUGCUUGAUUGCACAGCUAAUUCCGCUGCUAACGUCGCUUGCUCCUUGUCAUCGUGGACCUUGAGGAAUAAAUAAGUUAUCUUCUGGACUUCUAUAAAAAAAGUCACCUUCAACUUUAAA